GAUUACAAGUGUGAGCCAUUGCACCUGACCUUUCUUUAAUUUUUAACGAUUUCAUUUUGUUGGGCAGAAUUUUAUUUGAGACACAGGUCUUAUUAUUGAUAAUACCCUUUUUUAUUAGCUGGAAUUUUCCCCCAAACUUCUUUUUGACUUUGUGGAAGUUUGUGAUGGUUGAGAAUGUCAGUUUUCUGGGGUCUGAUAAUUUAAAGAUUUGAAAUAAAGGAGAUAAACUUGUACUAACAAACAUAAUUUAUCUAUAACUGACUCCACUGUAAUGAAGCUUAGGAGAGAAGUUUUCUUUUUUUUUUUUUAUUUUAACUGCCUUGAUUCUGAGCACUUAACCAUUUAUCUGGAAUUUAUGGCUUCUUGAGGUAAAUAAUUGUUCUAUCAAACAUUGUCCCUCGCAUUAAUUCUUAGAAGCACCAUUUACUAACUGGACUUGCCUUUCUCUGAUUUAGCCAGUUCAUCUCUGCCCUCCUCCCCUUCCCCUUAGCAUCUGACCAUGCCUGCUUUCCAGCUACAGCACUUAACCUCCUCGGCUGCUGCACUCUUUGCAAACAGCAGUACCUUGGUAGACCUGUCUCUCUAGGACAGAAUCCAUGGCAUUUUGUGGUUCUUUUAAUAGAAAAUGCCUCUCUUAAGAGGAAAAAAAUCUAAAUUUGACAGUAAAAUGAUAAGCUGUAAUUGCGGUCCCAAGGAUGAUUAGAAUCUUGUCUUUCGUGUUUCUGUUUGCUUCCAACAUGCCAUGAACUCACUUAGAAUUGGAACAAUCUCACUUUAAUCUUUUUUAAAUCUCAAAUUGACAAAUUAUGGUUGUAUAUAUUUAUGGGGUACAGAGUAAUGACAUCAUUUAUGAAUACAAUGUGGAAUAAUUAAAUCAAACUAAUUGUCCUAUCUACCACCUCAAAUACGUAUCUCACUUUAAUCUUAAAGCUCUAAUCUUAAAAGCUGUCUAUUAAAACUUAAUGCCUACACAUCACAUUAAUUUGGAUAUGAGAAAUAAUUAGGAAACUUAAGGGGAAUUUGGUUUUCUGAGUGAGUGGUGUUGUGUAGCUGUGUGGGAUGACCAGGAAAUCAAAGUAAACAAAAAAUAGGAAGCAGUGUUUAUAUCCCAGCUAGAACCAGAAACCUGAGAUUCUGUGAUCUUUGUAUUGUUUGUUAAUGAGGAAGGUAGGAGCUUCAGAUCUGAGACAGUAGUACUACUAGUUAGUGUUGCAGGCAGCCCCAAAUUCUGGGUUUCAUAGACUAAGGUUUGUUCUUUUCCCUGAGAUGCCCCAACACGGCUUUGUACCCCUAAAGACAAAUUAGUGGGCUCUUACUGUGUUUACAAGUCAUUUAUGAGAAGUGUCGUCAAGGGCAUUAUGGUUGCCGUGGGAAUGGGGGCUUAAGUCCUGGGUAGAGUAAAAUCAGUCCUUUAAAAAAAUUACAAAGUAUUGCAAUGGAAUUUUUUUUUCAAGUAAUAAAUGCAUGUGGUUUAAAACAUGAAAUAAUAUACCAACUCCUGUCUCCUUAAAAUUGCUUUGAACUCUUUGCUUUUUUUUAUUGUCUAUGUUUCUGUUUUCUGAUUUAUCCAUUGUAGACAUCAUUGAUUGUUUUCUUCAAAAAGGGAUGAGGGCUUACCUUAUUUCCUCCCCAUCUCCUAAUACCUCUCAGUAAAGGCAUGUUAUUGGUUUUGCUCCUUUAUUAGCUACCAGUAACUUUCAUACAUGCCAGUAGCUUUUAUAACUGAUUUCAUCUACAAAGACAGUAUCUUUUUUACUUCAUUUUAUUGGGUACAGUAAAUUAAGGUCUAAUAGAGUUAGACCAAAUUAGGUCUACACCUAGAGCUCUGGGAGUUAUUGGACAUAAAUGUUCUGCAGAAGUAAUCCCCUAUUUCUUGUUUUCCUUGUGUGUUACAGUUAAUCUGGAGAUACUGAAAAUGUCUCAUUUUGGGUUUUGUUAUAAUCUUUGACUUUUAAAAAAUGUUUUACAGAAAGACAUAUCUUCAAUAGAUGAAGAUGAAAAUACAGAAGAAAGAGAAGCAGUUGUCAAAUUUAAAAGUUCUGAAUCACUCCCCAAUGUCUGAUGCCUCCGUCAAUUUUGACUACAAAUCUCCAUCCCCAUUUGACUGCAGCACUGAUCAAGAAGAGAAAAUUGAAGAUGUUCCUAGUCACUGUCUGCCCCAGAAGGAUCUGUAUACUGCCGAAGAGGAAGCUGCUACUCUUUUUCCUAGGAAAAUGACAUCCCAUAACGGGAUGGAGGACAGUGGAGGAGGAGGUACUGGAGUAAAGAAGAAAAGGAAGAAAAAGGAGCCAGGUGACCAAGAGGGUGCAGCAAAGGGAAGCAAGGACAGAGAGCCCAAGCCAAAGAGGAAACGAGAACCGAAAGAGCCAAAGGAACCCAGGAAGGCCAAGGAGCCGAAGAAGGCCAAGGAGCACAAGGAGCCGAAGCAAAAAGAUGGGGCAAAGAAGACACGGAAGCCCCGGGAGGCCUCGGGCACCAAGGAGGCCAAAGAGAAGAGGAGCUGCGCUGACUCUACGGCCAGGACGAAGUCCAAGAAGGCCAGCAAGGAGCAAGGACCAACCCCAGUGGAGAAAAAGAAGAAAGGAAAAAGGAAAAGUGAAACUACAGUGGAGAGUUUAGAGCUGGAUCAGGGCCUGACGAACCCAUCUCUGCGGAGUCCUGAGGAGUCCACUGAGUCUACAGACAGCCAGAAACGACGCUCCGGAAGGCAAGUAAAGCGCAGAAAAUACAAUGAGGACCUGGACUUCAAAGUGGUGGAUGAUGAUGGGGAAACAAUCGCUGUCCUUGGAGCUGGUCGAACAUCUGCACUCUCAGCCUCUACACUGGCCUGGCAGGCGGAGGAGCCUCCGGAAGAUGAUGCAAACAUCAUUGAGAAGAUCCUGGCAUCUAAGACUGUCCAGGAGGUUCACCCAGGAGAACCUCCAUUCGACUUGGAGCUAUUCUACGUUAAGUAUAGAAAUUUUUCCUACCUACAUUGUAAAUGGGCCACAAUGGAAGAGCUCGAAAAGGAUCCUCGCAUCGCACAGAAGAUCAAGCGAUUUAGGAAUAAACAAGCCCAGAUGAAGCACAUUUUUACGGAGCCUGAUGAAGACUUGUUCAAUCCAGACUAUGUAGAAGUUGAUCGCAUCUUGGAGGUGGCCCACACCAAGGAUGCAGAAACAGGAGAGGAGGUAACACAUUACUUGGUGAAGUGGUGCUCACUACCAUAUGAAGAAAGCACAUGGGAGCUAGAGGAAGAUGUAGAUCCUGCGAAAGUUAAAGAAUUUGAAUCUCUUCAAGUUCUUCCUGAAAUUAAGCAUGUGGAGCGGCCUGCUUCAGACUCCUGGCAGAAACUCGAGAAGUCACGCGAGUAUAAGAACAGUAACCAGCUCCGGGAGUACCAGCUGGAGGGGAUGAACUGGCUUCUCUUUAACUGGUAUAACAGAAAAAACUGUAUAUUGGCUGAUGAGAUGGGCCUAGGGAAAACCAUCCAGUCCAUCACAUUCCUUUCAGAAAUAUUUCUGAGAGGAAUCCACGGCCCAUUUCUCAUUAUCGCCCCUCUUUCCACCAUCACUAACUGGGAGCGGGAGUUCCGGACAUGGACAGAGAUGAAUGCCAUCGUAUACCAUGGCAGCCAGAUCAGCAGGCAGAUGAUCCAACAGUAUGAAAUGGUGUACAGAGAUGCCCAGGGAAACCCCCUUUCAGGGGUCUUCAAGUUCCACGUCGUCAUCACAACAUUUGAGAUGAUCCUAGCAGACUGCCCAGAGUUGAAAAAGAUUCACUGGAGCUGUGUGAUAAUUGAUGAAGCCCACAGAUUGAAGAAUAGGAACUGCAAACUUCUGGAGGGUCUAAAGCUUAUGGCCCUGGAACAUAAAGUGCUUCUCACUGGAACACCCUUGCAGAACUCCGUGGAAGAGCUCUUCAGUUUGCUAAAUUUUCUGGAGCCAUCACAGUUUCCUUCAGAGACUGCUUUCUUGGAGGAAUUUGGAGAUCUGAAAACAGAGGAACAGGUAAAGAAACUGCAGUCUAUUCUAAAACCAAUGAUGCUUCGGCGGCUGAAAGAUGACGUGGAAAAGAACCUUGCUCCCAAACAAGAGACGAUCAUUGAGGUGGAACUGACCAAUAUCCAGAAAAAGUACUACCGUGCCAUCCUGGAGAAGAACUUUUCCUUCCUGACCAAGGGGGCAAAUCAGCACAACAUGCCCAAUCUCAUCAAUACCAUGAUGGAGCUGAGGAAGUGCUGUAACCAUCCCUACCUGAUCAAUGGAGCAGAGGAGAAAAUUCUAGAAGAUUUCCGAAAAACCCACAGCCCUGAUGCCCCCGACUUUCAGCUGCAGGCCAUGAUUCAGGCAGCAGGGAAGCUUGUGCUGAUUGAUAAACUACUCCCCAAGCUGAUUGCAGGGGGCCACAAGGUACUCAUCUUCUCCCAGAUGGUGCGCUGCCUCGACAUCCUGGAAGAUUACCUCAUCCAGAGAAGAUACACCUAUGAGCGAAUUGAUGGGCGAGUACGGGGAAACCUGCGCCAGGCAGCCAUCGACCGGUUCUGUAAGCCAGAUUCAGACCGCUUUGUCUUUCUUCUGUGCACCAGAGCGGGAGGCCUGGGGAUCAAUCUCACAGCUGCUGAUACCUGCAUCAUAUUUGAUUCUGACUGGAACCCACAAAAUGACUUGCAGGCUCAGGCCCGAUGUCACCGCAUAGGCCAGAGCAAAGCUGUGAAGGUGUAUCGCCUCAUCACUCGAAAUUCCUAUGAGCGCGAGAUGUUUGACAAGGCCAGCCUAAAGCUGGGGCUGGACAAGGCUGUUCUUCAGGACAUCAACCGAAAGGGUGGCACCAAUGGGGUUCAGCAGCUCUCAAAAAUGGAGGUGGAGGAUUUACUUCGGAAAGGUGCUUAUGGAGCCUUAAUGGACGAAGAAGAUGAAGGCUCCAAGUUCUGUGAAGAAGACAUAGACCAGAUUCUGCAGAGGAGAACCCACACCAUCACCAUCCAGUCUGAGGGGAAAGGGUCCACUUUUGCCAAGGCUAGCUUUGUGGCUUCAGGAAACAGAACAGAUAUUUCCUUAGAUGAUCCUAACUUUUGGCAAAAAUGGGCUAAAAUAGCUGAACUAGACACUGAAGCAAAGAAUGAAAAGGAAAGCUUAGUGAUCGACCGACCUCGCGUGAGAAAGCAGACCAAACACUACAAUUCAUUUGAGGAAGACGAACUCAUGGAGUUUUCAGAGUUAGACAGCGACUCAGAUGAAAGGCCCACGAGAUCCAGGCGCCUCAAUGACAAAGCCAGGCGCUACCUCCGAGCCGAGUGCUUCCGGGUAGAGAAGAACCUGCUCAUCUUUGGCUGGGGCCGGUGGAAGGACAUCCUGACUCAUGGCCGAUUCAAGUGGCAUCUGAAUGAGAAGGACAUGGAAAUGAUUUGCCGUGCCCUCCUGGUGUACUGUGUCAAGCAUUAUAAGGGGGAUGAGAAGAUCAAGAGCUUCAUUUGGGAACUGAUCACACCUACCAAAGAUGGGCAGGCCCAGACCCUCCAAAACCAUUCAGGCUUGUCUGCCCCAGUCCCCAGAGGGAGGAAAGGGAAGAAGACGAAGAACCAGCUGCUAAUCCCAGAGCUAAAGGAUGCAGAUUGGCUGGCCACCUGCAACCCCGAGGUGGUCUUGCAUGAUGACGGCUAUAAGAAACACCUCAAACAGCACUGCAACAAAGUACUUCUGCGAGUCCGGAUGCUGUACUAUCUAAAAGCUGAAAUCCUGGGAGAAGCAGCUGAGAAAGCAUUUGAAGGAACUCCUGCCAGGGAGCUGGACGUGCCUCUGCCUGACAUCGACUACAUGGAGAUCCCCGUGGAUUGGUGGGAUGCUGAGGCCGAUAAGUCCCUUCUCAUUGGCGUGUUCAAGCAUGGGUAUGAAAGGUACAAUGCCAUGCGAGCAGACCCAGCACUUUGCUUCCUGGAGAAAGUUGGGAUGCCAGAUGAGAAGUCCCUUUCUGCAGAACAGGGUGUUACGGAUGGGACCUCAGACAUUCCUGAAAGAGGCAACACAGAUAAAGAAGACAAUGCUGAGGACAAAGUAGAUGGCCUCCAGAAACAAACGGAGAGUUCCAGUGAUGGAGGUGAUGGCAUUUUUGGUGAAAAGAAGGAUGACAGCCGGGCAGCCCAGGAUGGCUCCGACCCAGACAAAUCGCCCUGGCCAGUUUCAUCCGCCCUCACAGCUCGUCUCAGACGUCUGGUCACUGUUUACCAGCGCUGCAACCGCAAGGAACUGUGCCGGCCUGAAAUUUUGGGACCAGGUAACCAAGGAUACUGGGUUCAGGAAGAGAUGUUCAGGAGAACCUCAGAAAUGGACCUCAUCAACAAGGAAGCCCAAAAGAGGUGGACUAGGAGAGAACAAGCAGACUUCUAUAGAACAUUGUCUUCCUUUGGUGUUGUUUACGAUCAAGAAAAGAAAACCUUUGACUGGACACAGUUCCGCAUCAUUUCCCGUUUGGACAAGAAGUCUGAUGAGAGCCUGGAACAGUAUUUUUAUAGUUUUGUGGCCAUGUGCCGGAACGUCUGUCGUCUACCCACAUGGAAAGAUGGCGCUCCCCCAGAUACCACCAUCUACGUUGAACCCAUCACUGAGGAACGUGCUGCAAGAACUCUGUACCGCAUUGAACUGUUACGGAAAGUCCGAGAGCAAGUGCUCAAGUGCCCUCAGCUGCAUGAACGCCUCCAGCUGUGCAGGCCCAGCCUCUACCUCCCAGUCUGGUGGGAGUGUGGGAAGCACGAUCGAGACCUGCUCAUCGGCACCGCCAAACAUGGGCUGAACCGCACUGACUGUUAUAUUAUGAAUGACCCCCAACUGUCCUUCCUGGAUGCCUAUAGAAACUAUGCUCAGCAUAAAAGAUCUGACACCCAGGCACCAGGAAAUCUCUGUUGCCUUUACCAGACCAACUCCAAAUUAUAUGAAUCUCUUACAUAUACUCAGAUGAGUAGGACUUCAGAGACCCUUGAAAAUGAACCUGAGAAUCUAGUGAAAGUAGAAAGCAGAGAUGAUCAUCUCAGCCUGCCUGAUGUGGCUUGUGAAAACUUUAUUUCUAAAGUUCAGGAUGUCAUUUCCAUCAACCAUGAUGAAAGUCUGCUGCCUGAGUCCUUAGAGAGCAUGAUGUAUGGUAAGAAGGUGCUCAGCAAAGAACCAGGCUCUUUUCGGGAGAGCCCAAGUACCAAUACAGAAUCUGCAAAAGAUGUUAUUACCAUCUCAACAAGCAAAGAUGGGAACUGCCAGCCUGGUGGCCAUGAGGCAGAAAUAGCUUCCAGCCCUGCCUUUAUUGGUAGCUUAGAAGCAGGAGGAGUAGCAGCUCAAGCAAACAUUAAAAAUGGAAAACAUUUAUUGAUGUCUAUUUCAAAGGAAGGGGAGCUCUGCUGCAGUGAGGCAGGACAGAGACCUGAAAGCAUCGGCCGGCUGGAAGCCAACUGUUUAGCUUCUCCUUCCCUGAAUCCAGGAAAUGAAAGUGGGUUUGUAGAUAUGUGCAGUCUUAGUAUCUGUGACUCCAAAAGAAACUUGUCAUCAGAUCAGCAAUUAAUUGAUUUGUUGGAAAACAAAAGCCUAGAAAGUAAAUUGAUUUUGAGUCAGAACCACAGUGAGGAGGAGGAGGAAGAGGAGGAAAAUGAGGAGGAAAACUUUGCCAUGGCAGCAGGCGUGGGGGAAAGAUCAGAGGUAUUACAUCUCAUGGAGCCCACUACUGACAUCUCAAGGGAAAAGGGCCAAGGCUUCCAUGUAGAUGAAACCAAGAAAGGAGGCUUAGAGGCAGCAAACCAGACUCCUGGACUACAGAGGGCUUUCCCCCCUCCAGCAGCCUGUCAGUGCCACUGCAAACACAUGGAGAGGUGGAUGCAUGGCCUUGAGAAUGAUAAAUUUGAAAUCGAGAAACCCAAGGCUUAUAACCCAGAUCUGUUCAGAAGCAAAACCAAUACUAUCGCCAUGGAGGGUGAACCCACUGCUAUUCCAUCAGAGCUGUUUAAAGUGAAACAUGAGCUUUUAAAAGAACCUUGGAAAGAAAGUGCAGAGGGGCAAAAAGUUUUCCCCACAUAUCCUCUCGAAGCAAGCGAGCUCAAAUCAGAAGACAUAGAUUUUGAGAAUAAAGAUGAUUAUGAAAGAGAUGGAAUCUGCCACAGUCAAGAUUAUCCAGGGAAAUACUCUGAAGAGGAGAGCAAGAGCUCAACAUCGGGCAUCGCAGGAGACAUCGGGGAUGAGCUACAGGAGGCUCGAGCUCCCACCAUUGCUCAGCUGCUGCAGGAGAAAACCCUCUAUUCCUUCUCUGAGUGGCCAAAGGACCGUGUGAUAAUUAACCGCCUAGAUAAUAUCUGCCAAGUGGUGUUAAAGGGGAAGUGGCCCUCAGGCCAGCAGUAUGAGCCCUCAGGCACACUGCCUACUCCAGUACGAACCAGCAGUGCUGGUUCUCGAACCAGCCUCUCAGAGCCAGAAGUAGCAGAACACAGCUUCAGCAACGGCGCAGCACUGGCAGCCCAGAUCCAGAAGGAGAGCUUCUUAGCUCCAGUUUUCACAAAGGAUGAACAAAAGCACAGGCGUCCCUACGAGUUUGAAGUGGAAAGGGAUGCAAAAGCUCGGGGCCUGGAGCAGUUCUCUGCCACCCACGGGCACACCCCUAUCAUCCUCAAUGGCUGGCAUGGGGAGUCAGCUAUAGACCUUUCCUGCUCAUCAGAGGGGUCCCCAGGAGGCACAUCCCCUUUCUCAGUGAGCUCCAGCACCCCUAAGAUUGGAGCUAUCAGCUCACUUCAGGGGGCCCUUGGCAUGGACUUGUCUGGGAUUCUGCAAGCUGGUCUGAUCCAUCCCGUGACCGGACAGAUUGUCAAUGGAAGCCUCAGAAGAGAUGAUGCGGCCAUGAGGAGGCGGAGAGGGAGGCGGAAACAUGUUGAAGGAGGGAUGGACCUCAUCUUUUUGAAGGAGCAAACACUUCAGGCAGGAAUCUUGGAAGUCCAUGAAGACCCAGGGCAGGCCACCCUGAACACCACACAUCCUGAGGGGCCAGGGCCUGCCACCUUGGCCCCUGAGCCAGCCACAGCAGCCAGCAGCCAAGCCGAGAAAGCCAUUCCCAAUAAGAGUCUGCUUGAUUGGCUGAGGCAGCAGGCUGACUACUCCUUAGAAGUUCCUGGCUUUGGGGCAAAUUUUUCAGACAAACCAAAGCAGAGGAGGCCACGCUGUAAAGAACCUGGAAAAUUAGAUGUCAGCUCUCUGAGUGGGGAAGAAAGGGUUCCUGCUGUCCCCAAGGAGCCAGGACUGAGGGGGUUUCUUCCAGAAAACAAGUUCAAUCACACCCUGGCUGACCCUGUUCUUCGAGAUACGGGCCCCCGCAGGAGAGGGAGGCGGCCUCGGAGUGAACUCCUGAAGGCUCCUUCCAUUGUGGCAGACUCUCCCUCUGGAAUGGGGCCACUGUUCAUGAAUGGACUGAUUGCUGGGAUGGACCUGGUAGGACUUCAGAACAUGAGAAAUAUGCCAGGCAUCCCCCUCACUGGGCUGGUGGGGUUUCCAGCUGGCUUUGCCACAAUGCCAACGGGUGAAGAGGUCAAAAGUACCCUGAGCAUGCUGCCCAUGAUGCUGCCGGGCAUGGCUGCUGUGCCCCAGAUGUUCGGCGUUGGGGGACUCCUCAAUGCACCCAUGGCAACCACCUGCCCUUCCACCGCUCCAGCGUCUCUGUCAAGCACAACGAAAAGUGGUACGGCGGUGACUGAAAAGACUGCGGAAGACAAGCCAAGUAGCCAUGAUGUAAAAACAGACUCUUUAGCUGAAGACAAGCCUGGUCCAGGCCCAUUUUCUGAUCAGUCUGAACCUGCAAUAACUACCAGUAGUCCUGUGGCUUUUAACCCAUUUCUCAUCCCAGGAGUGUCUCCUGGACUCAUUUACCCAUCCAUGUUCCUCUCCCCUGGUAUGGGCAUGGCUCUGCCAGCCAUGCAGCAGGCCAGACACUCAGAAAUAAUAGGUCUGGAGAGCCAGAAGAGGAAGAAGAAGAAGACAAAGGGGGACAACCCCAACGCCCACCCAGAGCCUGCUCCCAGCUGUGAAAGGGAGCCCAGCAGUGAUCAGAACUGUACCGAACCCAGCGCCCCUUUGCCCACAGAGAGAGAACAUGUGGCACAGGCUGGGGAAGGGGCACUCAAAGACUCCAACAACGACACCAAUUAGAACUUUUUUCAUUUCGGAAAUUGUGACUUGUAAGUUUCUUAUCCCAUAAAGGUUUGUUACUUCCCUCACUUCACCUCCAUAAGAACCUGUGUUUCCAUAAGUAAAAUUACCUACCUGAUUUCCUGUCUGAGAACUACGGUAACAGAUGUUAAUAGUCGCAGGGUCUCACCACUUUAUUAGAUAAGUGUCGUCUACCUAGUCUAGGAGGCACAGAAUUCUCAUUCUGUUAUCCAGUUCAUUCCAGCAGUCGUAGUUGAUACAGUACUUGGUGACACGCCCUACCCCCUUCUCUUCCAAGUUUCCCACUUACUUGAGGAGGAAAAAUGGCAUAAGAAAGCUGUCUAGGGAUUUACCAUUGAAGGGCCGAAGAGCAGACUAGAGGAGCUCUUUUCCAUGAGCUGGGUUGCACAGAAAGAAUGUCACAGGGAACCAAAAAGCACAGAAAAAGGAAGUGCUGGUGCAUAUUUUUGAGUUAAAAUCUUUCCCUAUUUUAUGAUUACUAAGUGAGUAGUAUAGACAGAAGCAUAUAACUAAUGAUUGAAAAUACAUAUAUUCAUUUCUUUAUAAAAAUCAAAAAUCUCACCAGUAGAAAUAUAAUUUCCCCCUUCAUGGUUUUUCAGAACCUGCAGCAAGAAGAAAUACUGAUUAGGCAUUAUUUUCUAUACAUCCCUCUCCCCAGUUAAAAGAUGCCUCUUGCUUCAAGAAAGCUUUACCCACCACGAGUUAUUGCUGGCGACGGGGGUGGGGGCAAGGACCCGCGCUCUGUAGAGCUACAUGCUGCUUCACAAGCACACGGCUAGCACUCUGCUCUCACCUGGUUCGCUUACAGAUUUCUCUAGCCAUUAAUUUGUCUUUCUGUGUUGAAAGAGCACCAGGACCGAAUGGAUUUUCACUUCAGGCUUUCCUUCACCCAGAAUAAGGCUCUUUAUGGAGCCCGAGAGAAGACAGUGGCCCAGCAACUUUGCCACUUGCUAGUAGGUCCUCUGAUCAAGAGUAUCUGAGGCUGUCAAGUGGGUACCACCCUUUAUAAUACAGCUGUGAAAAGUUACUUCUCCACUAAUUUCUCCAUUCUGUUUAUAUCUUACAGUUAGACCCAAAUUCCAAAUUAUCCGUUAAUCAAAACUGCAUUGCACGUCAACAUUAUUUUCUCUUCUUCCUCAGUUUCUCCACAUUUAGGAACUGAGAAAGAACCUGCCUAAGCAGCACUUCCCCAUUUCCUUUCACCUUCAUGUUAACGUCCCUUCUGAUGGUCUCACUCUUCACAGGUAGUUCACACUCUGACACUUGAAGUAAGCUCAUGGUUCAGUACUCUGGGGGCGCAGGGCUGCGCAGGACCCUUGGAAAUGUUGCAAGUGUUACUAGUACCAGUUUCACUUUUUGUUGUUACAAUUUACUGUAUUUUUUACUUUUUCUGUUACAGUUUUGCUAAUUUAUCAGAAGGUCCAAAAGUUUGACAUAACUAUUUCAUUUUGCAUUAUUUAUUUAUGAUGCUUUUGUCAUUGUCUUUUAUACACUUGGGAUUAUAAAUUAUGUAAAUGUUAAAAUGAGCAUCUCAAAGAAGUCUGUUCAACCGUGACUGAAAAAAAUCAGAUGUAUCUUCAAAAAGCGGAGUCCCAGUUUUAUGAAUCAGAGAUAUAAACCAGAAAUUCUAUAACUGAUCAUGGAAGAAGAAUCCAGUAAUUGAGCAAAUCCUAUUUCAUGACAUCCUUGUAGCAUAGAUGGUCUACAAUGCUGACCACAGAUUUCUUGGAAAUGCUGCUCUAUUUCACUAACAUUUUGUUCAGUUUUGCCUCCAGUGGAAGCAGAAAGGGUUUUUUCAGCUGUUAAAUCCUAAAAAUCAAUAUAAUUUAUUUAUGUAAAAAAAAUAACUCAAUCAAUAUAUUUUUGAACCUUUUAAGUACUAAUUUUCUUUUUAUCAAGUAGAAAAAAAAAAAUGUAUUUGCCCUAAAUCCUUAAAAUACAAAUGCUAUAAAAAUUCCUGUAUCUUGAAAGCCUUACUGCAAAUGAGUAUUAUAGACAUCCAGCAGAGUCUGGUUUUCUUUGUUGUCGUUGUGUUAUUGUUGUUUUGUAUGGAAAAGCUGCUUUCCCCAGGUUCCACUUAUAACCUCCAGUAGGUCACAGGGUUCAAUGUGGAUCUGACUUAAAAACCCACCAGCAUGCUCAAUCCCUUGUUAUACCUUAUCAAAUCUGUAUGUUAACUCUCUGGGUGUUUAGGCUUCUAUUUGACUGCUGUUGUGACCCUGUUUGCAAAAUGAAAAUGACACUCUGUGGAUUA